AUGACGUCUUUUGUUAAUAAGGGCCUUGCAGCCCUGGCCCUUGGCGCUGCUGUCGCCGAGGCCCAGCUUUGGGACAAGGUAAUCGAUACCUCCCUGGGACCUGUCAAGGGUUUCAAGUACUUCAAUGAGUCGACUCUUGAGACAUACUUCAACCGCUCCGAAUCCAACGUCACAGCCUACCUUGGUAUUCCCUUCGCUGCCGACACUGCCUACCAAAACCGUUGGAAGCCCCCGCAGCCCCGUGAGUCAUGGAACGAGACUUUCGAUGCUUCUACAUGGGGAUACGCUUGCCCUAGCAAGGAUGCCACCAACAUCAGCGAGGACUGCCUUAACCUCAACAUUUGGACCAAUGCUGGCAGUGCCAAUGCCAAACUCCCUGUUAUGCUCUGGAACCAGGGUUCCGAUGAGACUAGCAACGAUGCUUGGUGGUACGGUGGUGGUAUGGCCCUGAAGGAUGUCAUCCUGAUCACCUUCAACCGCCGUGACGAUGCUUUCGGCUACCUGGCCACCCCCGAACUCAACGCCGAGGGUUUGGCGGCCACUGGCCACAACACUUCCGGUAACUACGGUAUUCUUGACCAGCUGGAGGUUCUCAAGUGGAUCCAGAAGAACAUCGCCAACUUCGGUGGUGACCCUGACCGCGUCACUAUUGCUGGCCAAUCUUUCGGCUCUUCCCAGGUCUACCACGCCGUCAACAGCCCUCUCUUCAAGGGUUACUUCCACGGUGGUAUCUCCGAGUCCGGUAUCCGCUGGCCCCGCGACCCCAUGCUGGCGGGUCUUGCCACCUCUUACACCAACAUGUCUGCUGCCCUCUUCCACGGAACGAACUACACCACUUUCCACAAUGCCUCCAAUAUCGCUGAGCUGCGUGAGAAGUCGAUGGAGGACCUCCUGAUCGGCUCUCAGGACCGUGUUAACAGCACCUGGAUCUGGUGGGUGACCGCUCUCUCCGCCGACUAUCCAUUGAUCUUCAAGCCGGUGCUGGACGACUACGUCCUCCCUGAGAAGUACAUUGAGUCCCUGCUGAAUGGACCCGCCAACGACGUCCCCGUCAUCACCGGUAACACCAAGGAUGAGUCCGGUGCCUCCCCCUCCACCGACUACACUCUUGAGGAAUACAAGCAUUACUGCACCCUCAAGUACGGUGACCUGGCUAGCCGCUACUUCCAGCUCUACGGCGCACACGACAACCAGACCAUCGCCGACCACGCCUGGAACGCUGCUGCCCGCGAUAUGUCGCUGGUCGGUUCAUGGGCCUACGGAACCGAAUGGUACAAGGCUGCCACCGCUGACUUCUACACCUACUACUGGACCCACGCUCCUCCUGGCCAGAACCAGGGUGCCUUCCACCAGUCGGAGAUCAUGUAUGCGCUCAACGCCCUGUACGCCAACGCAGACACCUACCCCUUCACUGCCAUCGACUACGAGAUCCAGGAGCAGAUGUCCUCCUACUGGGCCAACUUCGCAAAGACCCUCAACCCCAACAACGGCGGUUCCUACCAGGGCAAGGGCAAGCUGGCUCACUGGUCUCCCAACAGCCCCAACGGUACCCAGGUCGUUAUGGAGCUGGGUAACUACUUUGGCAAUGUCCCCGUUGCCAAGUCCUCGAAAUACGUUGAUUUCAUUAUGGACUACUUUUCCCAGCAGACCGCUUAUUAA